GGGUGGAGCUGGUGGGAUUUGGUGGGGUAAAGGAGCGAAAUUUGGGGGGAAAGGCGAAAUUUUGAGAGGGAAAGGGGAAUUUCCCCCCCCCUGCUGCUGGGGCUGGUGGGAGUUGUAGUCCUAGCGUCUUUGGCUAUUAUCUCCUUGGACUACAAUUCCCAGCAGCCUGCGCGGUGCACCACGUGGUACCGGCGGACCAAUAGGAACGCUCCGGUGGCGGAAGUGAAGCCCCCCUCACGGCGCUCCCGGCGGCGGUAACGGGGCCCAGGUACCGGGGCGGGCCCGGCGGCGGAGGUGACGUCACAGGCCGCGAGGGAUGCUGGGAAACGCCGGGAGACGCCGCUCCAUGGAUCCCUGCCCGGGCCGUCCCAAAGCCCCAUCCUUCCUGUCAGACCUGGGCAAGGCCACUCUGCGGGGCAUCCGCAAGUGCCCGCGCUGCGGCACCUACAACGGCACGCGGGGGCUCAGCUGCAAGAACAAGACGUGCGGCACCGUGUUCCGGGCGGGCUCCCGCCGCCAGCCGGGCGCCGACGCCGUGCGCGUCCUCACGGGCUCGCACAGCCAGCUCUACUCUGUUCGCCAGCGAGACUCGCGCUGCUUCGUGGAGCUGGGCGUGUCCGAGACGGCCAUCCAGACCCCCGAGGGCACCCUGAUCACCCAGCUGAGCUCGGGCCGCUGCCACGCCCCCACCUGCGCUAAGGCCGCGGCCGACAAGCAGUGCCAGCACCUGAAGCUGGCGCUGGGCUGCCAGGCCGAGGCCACGCCGCUGCCGCUCAAGAGCUCGGUGCUGGGCACGGUGCAGGCUCCUGCUGAGGCCAAGCAGAGCCUGUGGGAGCUGGCCACCGAGCCCACGGGGCCGCUGGUGCAGAGGGUCACCAAGAGCGUGCUGGUGGUCAAGUGUAAGGCCAGCCAGAGGCACAGCCUGGGCUACCUGCACGCCAACUUUGGCCAGCGCCGCUUCUCCUGCGCCUGUCGCUCCCCCAGGCGCGGCCACGCCAAGGGGGAGGAGGAGGAGGAAGAGGAGGAGGAGGAGGAAGAGUCGCCCCCCACGCGCUGCAUCCACUUCCUGGCCUGCAUCUGCGCCUUUGCCAGCGAUGAGAGCCUGGCCCAGGAGUUCUCUGACUUCCUGGCCUCCGACGCCGGUGGACUGAAGGGGACAGUGAUCCCACAGCUGCUCCGUGGCCCUGCAGCCACAGCGCGGGCUCGGGGGGCGACUGCUGCCAAGGCCAAGAGGAGGAAGAAGGACGUGGGGCCAGGGCCGCAGGGUCCUGGCCCCCUCCUGGCUCCAGACCCGGCUCAUCCUGGCCCCAGGAGGAGCAGCCUGAGGAAGACGCCGGUCGCCUCCUCCUCCUCCUCGCUGAAGAGACACGGCUGUGCCCAGGUGCUGGAUGAGUCCCAGGUGUCCCUGUCCUUCCAGGAGUGGCUGGGCAGUGUCACAGAGCGCAUCCACCAGACCAUGCACUACCAGUUUGAGGGCCACCCAGAGCCACUGGUGUUCCACAUCCCCCAGUCCUUCUUCGAGGCUCUCCAGCAGCGCAUCUCCAGCGGCAGCGGCAAGAAGAGGCUCCCCAAUUCCACCACGGCCUUCGUGCGCAGGGACGCGCUGCCCCUGGGCACCUUCUCCAAGUACACCUGGCACAUCACCAACGUCCUGCAGGUGAAGCAGAUCUUCGACACGCCCGAGGUGCCGCUGGAGAUCACCCGGAGCUUCGUGCAGAACCGCGAUGGUUCCUACGAGCCCUUCCGCAGCCCCCGCGUGGAGGUGGAGAGCCUGGCCGAGGGGCUGGGCCCCCACGAGAAACAGCCCCCGCUGCGGCCCCUGGAGCUGCAGACCUUCCUCAAAGUCGGACACACAUCCCCCACGCAGAAGGAGCCCACGCCGUUCACCAUCGAGUGGAUCCCCGACAUCCUGCCCCGCUCCCGCCUGGGAGAGCUGCGCCUCAAGUUCCAGUACGGACACCACGGGGGGCCCCGGCAGCCCCCCAGCCGCGGGACCCCCCCCACAGAGCCCCCCCCACUGCCGCUGAACCCCCUGGGCACCAUCGCCUUCCCCUGAGACCCCCCCAAAAAGGGACAGCGGGCUCGGGGCUGGGCGUGGCACCUGGGAGCCCCCCCAGAAUAAACCGGCA